AUGGACAAGAAGAAGAAGUCCAGUCAUCAGCUCCGGAAGGAGUUGGAAAUGACGACUGCAUUGAAGACAGCGAUGGAGAGCAUCAAGAAGGAGCUACAGCAGAACGAGGGUGACAGCAAGGGCGAGACGUCCUUGAGCGCUGGUGGUUUGAAGAAGUUCCAUCUGCGGAAUGUCUUGGAUCGUCCUGACUCCCCGAGGGAGAAGAACGAUGUCUUGCCAGAGGAGGAAGAGCAAGAGUCUGCUGUACUGCUUCUCCAGCGUAUCAUCCGUGGCCGCGCGAUGCAGAACAUCAUGUUCGAAGGGAAGGAAAAGCGCCUGGACCUCAUCAACGAGUUGCGUGCCGCGGAGCGCUUCGCGGAGACAGCCACACGGGUGGAGGAGAAGAGGUAUAUCGACCAGCUUAGAGAUAAAGCCUUCGAAGGUGUCCUGGAGUCUUUGCAGGGAAGUAUCAUCUCUCAGACCCUGGAUCAGCUCUCAAAGGAGCUCUUGCGCUUCCAGGAGGAGCGGCGGAUUGCCGCAAUGGUCAAGUUGGCUGAAAGGGACCGACAAGACCGACAGGCCAUGGAGAGUGGCCGGCGGCAAGCCGAAGAACGCCUCCGUGCGCGAGAGGAUGAGAUGUUCCGACAGAUCAUGGGUGUCCAUCAGGGCACGGUGGACUCAUAUCUGGAGGAAGUCUUGACCAGCACGGUGGAGGAGGCAGCACAGACGCAAGCUCUCACAGAGGCUCGCCUAAAGGCUGCCUACAUCAACCAAGUCGUAGAUACUUUGGAGGCUUUCGCUGAGGAGCCAGAUGUGGUGGUCCGGGAGCUGGUGCAUACCUUCCAGCUUCCGCAUGUGCGUCAAGAGGUGAUCCAGCGGCGGAUUGCGCAAGAGAACAAGAGGUUCUCCGAGGCAGCUCGUGGUGCAUUGGAUGAGACCUACCGCAGGGUGACCGAGCACGUGAAUCCCAGCACAUGA